CGUAAGUGGGAAGAUGAACACUUCCAAAUACAAUGCAUUUGACAGCUGGUAAGUUAUUUCGGCAACGUUCAGUUUAUCAAAUUUAAAACAAUUUAAACCAUAAACUCCUACAAUCUAUACAUUUGGUGCAUAAAAAGAAAGUCGAAAAAAAAAAAGAAAAAAAAAAGGUCAGUUGCCGAGUGGAACGAAAGGAGAUAUAAAAAUAAAGUCCCCACCCUAAAUAUGGGUUCGUGUGCUAGCAAAGCACCGACUGACAAAGUCAUUUUACCGAAGCCUAAUUCGUGUCAGUGUCAUCUAAUGGAAAGCCCCGAUAAAGAAACGGACUCCAUGAUAAGUAUACAGCAAGACAAGACUUGUCUAAAUUGCUAUCGUAUGCAUCGACUUGAUUUCAAAUGUGGAUCUUACAGGCGUAUCAAAUCAAGUGACACAUCAUCAGUCUCUCAAGGAACACAAACGGAUAUACCUCCACCAAAUCGAAAGAGCCGCCAUCGAAAAAUUGAAGGUAAGCCUUACAUUCAACUUUACUUGUCGAACAUUAUGCUGAAAUGUAUCGGUGUGAAAACCAAAGUCCAAUGA